CUUUACGGCAUAAAUAGGCCUUCCGCAGCGCAGAGAAAGAACCUCGUUCAUGCGUGUGGUUUGUUUUGCUUGGUGCGCCUGUAUUGCCUGAGAUACAAUGGGAAAAGAGGAUGAAACGGACCGGACUCUGUUCAUCAGUAACCUGGAUAAAAGAGUGACGGAGGAGCUUUUGUUCGAGUUGUGUGUACAGGCAGGACCUCUCAUCAGAACCAAGAUCCCCAAGGCUCCCGACGGGACGCAGAAAACCUUUGGCUUCGCGUUUUACAAGCACGAAGUGUCCGUGCCGUACGCCGUGCAGCUCUUCAACGGGAUGAAGCUGUACGGCAAAAAAAUCAAUGCGCACUUCAAAUCAGGAAGCAGCCAUAACAGCAGCCCUGGGAACUCGCAGAAUACAAGUCCUGCAAAUACUCCUAAUCCCCAUGGGCAGAGGGCACAAGUCCAGUUGAAUUCUCCACCAUAUACUCCUCCACCAUAUACUCCUCCUCAAAUGCAGAGAUCCUUUUCAUCUCCUGAAAACCUGCAAAAACAAGUCGUGAUGAGCAAUAUGAUGUGGCAGCUCCAGAUGCAGCAGUUUGACCAGAUGAAUGGCGGCUUCCCCAGGCCUAUGCAGAGGCUGCAGCCUGGAGGUGGAAAUUGUGGUGGAGGUGCCCCGAGGCAACAAGAUAACUCGCCCUAUCUACUUCAGUCACACCAGAGCAGUGGCGGCGCUCACCACAGCAGAAACCAACGCUACGCAGACGAGCCAGGCUCUGGCCGUCACCAGCAACACAGUCACAGCCGGGACAGCUACCAUCACCAUGAUGACAGGAGCGGCUCCCGUCACCAUGACAACAGAGAUGGCAGCCGACACUACAAUGACAGAAACGGCAGCCGUGGCUACCAAGAUAGUAGAUGGAGACGAUACUGAGAGACCACUGGGAUUUCUGUAAAGACUUUUGUUUUUACAUAUUUGUGGACAGCUUCUUAAAGAGGAUCAUGAAUAUAUGUUUAAAAAAAAAAAAAGAGUGCACUCAGGUUGUUUUAUAUAUGAUCCUACCAGUUUGAAGAUUUACUAACUUAUGCCUUAGUGCCAUUAUUGUUUACUUUUAAUGUGUUUUUAACUUUAUACAGUUCUUUCAGAUAUGACUUUUUCCUCACAAGUGUUGCUGACAUAAUGGGGGAAUCAAUAUGUACAUAUCAUGAGAGAGCAAGGUCUAUAAUUACAUAUACAAAAAAUCAGAUUUUGCUGGUACUCAUUAUUGAAACGUUAACAAAAAAAAAUUCAAAUGUGUUAAAUAUUUUUUGAUGAUAUUGGCCAGAUUUUAUAU